CCAGUGGCGAAGUACUGAAAUAUAAGGUCUAUUUGCUUUAAAGUACGAAAUAAAUCUACGAACACUUAGCAUUUAAAUGUCAACAGAGCAAUUUAACUAUAUUUCAUUAGAACAAAAGUUUGGAUAUUAAGUGGUUUUAUGAGAGUGGAUUCGCACGACAAAAAUGGUUAUUCACUACAAUAGCCAUUCUGUACAGUACAUAUAUUCCUGCGCAGUCAAAAACAGCAUUACUCGUCAUUGAUGUCCAAAAUUGUUUCCUACCGGGAGGGACACUUCCUGUAACAGAUGGCGAUGACGUAAUUCCUAUAAUUAACAACAUCCGCCGGAAGUAUGCGCAACAAAUUGAUAUGACAGUUUUCUCGCAGGAUUGGCACUGUGAUAAUCACGUGUCGUUUGCGUCAGAACAUGAUGGCCAUAACAACUAUGACGUUAUACCACUCAGUUAUACUUCUACCGGUAAAUUAUGUACGAGUAACGACAAUCAAUGCCCCAUAACUGUGAACCAGACCUUAUGGCCGGAUCAUUGUAUAAUAAAUAGUACAGACGCCAAGUUCAGCUCUCAGUUGAAAAUAGAAGAUGAAGAUAUUGUUGUGCGGAAAGGAUAUAACUGUCAGGUGGACUCCUACUCUGCAUUUUAUGACAAUGGUGGAUUUUCCAAGACCGAGCUUGAGAACAUAUUGGGCAGACAUGAUAUUUCUACGGUGAUUGUUACCGGACUUGCCCUAGACUUCUGUGUUUACUACACCUCUAAAGAUGCCAAGAAAAUAGGAUAUGAAGUUUAUACAGUGUUAGAUGCCAGUAGACCUGUUAAUUCAAAUAAUGUACCCAGUAUUCUGAAUGAUCUUAAAUCUCGCGGUGUACACGUGAUAAAUUCUAUUGAUCUGGACAAAGUGAUAGCAUCAUCAACAGCCUGUGUGUUCGAUCCAGUGAUUCAUCAAACUUUAUUAUUGUGUUCCUUGUUUGUUUUAUAUUUUAUAUAUUGAAUUGGAAAAUAUUUUAUACAGAAAACAAUGCAUUGUAGAAUAUAUAAUUAUAUACUUUAUAAGUUAAACAAGAAAAUAUUGAAAUCCUUUUCCACACUAUAUCUUAAAUUUAAAGUGUUGUUUAUGUAAGUUUUGAAUGCCAUGUAUUAAAAUAGAGAAAAAAACAGAAUUCCUUAGGAAAGCCCAACACGACAAAAUUAAAAAAUUUUGCAAGCUCGGUUUCAUUGAGCCUGUUCGUGGAGCAAGUUACCGUGCACCAGCUUAAGCAAAAUUCAACAUUUUUACACAAAAAAGGAGGAAUUUUGAAUUUAGAAACAUCCACAGAUGUGUUCAUACGGCGGUUAUCACGGGACAGUCAAUGUGAUACAGUAGUGCCAUUCCAUGAAAAACAUCUUUUUUUAAGUCUAGUAGAGAAUAGCUCGAGAAUGUGCUAAUGGACUUGUGUAUAUAC